ACCGGCCAGAGUGUGGGCUGCUGGGUGCAAACCCUGUCGGUCCUCGGCCCUCGGAGGGAGGUGAGACCCAGCAGCCCCUGACCCACCGCCUGCACCCCCGGCCGGGGCACUGCCCGGAGCCCCUCGUAGAGACAGAGACAGGUUCCCGCCACCAUGGAUCCGUCCUCCUUCAGCGGCGCGCCCCGCUUCCUCACCCGGCCCAAGGCCUUUGUAGUGUCGGUGGGCAAGGACGCCACGCUCAGCUGCCAGAUCGUGGGCAACCCGACGCCGCAGGUGAGCUGGGAGAAGGACCAGCAGCCGGUGGAGGCGGGCGCGCGCUACCGCCUGGCCCAGGACGGCGACCUGUACCGCCUCACCAUCCUGGACCUAGCGCUUGGCGACAGCGGGCAGUAUGUGUGCCGCGCGCGCAACGCCAUCGGGGAGGCCUUCGCGGCCGUGGGCCUGCAAGUGGACUCCGAGGCCGCGUGCGCCGAGCAGGCCCCACACUUCUUGCUGCGCCCCACGUCCAUCCGCGUGCGCGAGGGCUCUGAGGCCACAUUCCGCUGCCGCGUGGGAGGCUCCCCGAAGCCGGCCGUGAGCUGGUCCAAGGACGGGCUGCGCCUGGGUGAGACCGACGGCCCCCGCGUGCGCGUGGAGGAGCACGGCGAGGCGAGCGCGCUGCGCAUCCGGACGGCCCGGCUGCGCGACGGCGGCACCUACGAGGUGCGCGCAGAGAACCCGCUGGGCGCUGCCAGCGCCGCCGCCGCGCUCGUGGUGGACCCGAACGCCGACACGGACGGCCCGCCGGGGACCUCCACGGCCGCGCUCCUGGCGCACCUGCAGCGGCGGCGCGAGGUCAUGCGCGCGGAGGGCGCCCCGGCCUCGCCGCCCAGCAGCGGCACGCGCACCUGCACGGUGACCGAGGGCAAGCACGCGCGCCUCAGCUGCUACGUGACGGGAGAGCCCAAGCCCGAGACGGUGUGGAAGAAGGACGGACAGCUGGUGACCGAGGGCCGGCGCCACGUGGUGUACGAGGACGAACAGGAGAAUUUCGUGCUCAAGAUCCUCUUCUGCAAGCAGUCAGACCGCGGCCUCUACACCUGCACGGCGUCCAACCUCGUGGGCCAGACCUACAGCUCCGUGCUGGUCGUCGUGCGCGAGCCCGCGGUGCCCUUCAGGAAGCGGCUGCGGGACCUGGAGGUGCGGGAGAAGGAGUCGGCCACGUUCCUGUGCGAGGUGCCCCAGCCAGCCACCGAGGCCGCGUGGUACAAGGAGGAGACGCGGCUGUGGUCCAGCGCCAAGUACGGCAUCGAGGAGGAGGGCACCGAGCGCCGGCUGACCGUGCGCAACGUCUCGGCCGACGAUGACGCCGUGUACAUCUGUGAGACCCAGGAGGGCAGCCGCACCGUGGCGGAGCUCGCAGUCCAAGGUAACCUCCUCCGACGGCUCCCUCGCAAGACGGCCGUGCGCGUGGGGGACACAGCCAUGUUCUGCGUGGAGCUGGCAGGCCCGGAGGGCCCGGUGCGCUGGCUGCGGAACCAGGAGGAGGUGGCAGCGGGUGGCCGUGUGGCCAUCACUGCGGAAGGCACGUGCCACACGCUGAUCAUCUCGCAGUGCUGCCUGGAAGACAUGGGCGAGGUGGCCUUUGUGGCUGGUGACAGCCGGACAUCCACCCAGUUCUUCGUGUCAGCCCCUAGGAAGCCACCCCUGCACCCACCUGCGGACCCCGUGGUGAAGGCCAGGACAGAGAGUUCCGUGACCCUUGGCUGGUCCCCACCAGCCUACAGGGACCGUCCUGUCACCAUCGACGGCUAUCUGGUAGAGAAGAAGCGGCUUGGCACCUACACCUGGAGCCGGUGCCACGAGGCCGAGUGGGUAGCCACACCUGAGCUGACUGUGGCCAGUGUGGCUGAGGAGGGGGACUUCCAGUUCCGGGUGUCAGCCAUCAACAGCUUUGGCCAGAGUCCCUACCUCGAGUUUCCGGGCACUGUCCACCUGGCCCCCAAGCUGGCCGUGAGGACGCCCCUGAAGGCAGUGGAGGCGGUGGAGGGUGGCGAGGUCACAUUCUCUGUGGACCUCACCGUGGCCUCCGCGGGCGAGUGGUUCCUGGAUGGGCAGGCUCUGAAGGCCAGCAGUGUGUACGUGAUCCGCUGCGACCGCACCCGGCACACGCUCACCAUCCGGGAGGUGCCGGCCAGCCUGCACGGGGCGCAGCUCAAGUUCGUGGCCGACGGCAUCGAGAGCAGCAUCCGGGUGGAGGUCCGAGCGGCCCCGGGGCUGCCCACCAACAAGCCGCCGGCCGCGGCUGCCCGGGAGGUGCUGGCCCGGCUGCACGAGGAGGCGCAGCUGCUGGCCGAGCUGUCGGACCAGGCGGCGGCCGUGACCUGGCUGAAGGACGGCUGCGCGCUGCCCCCAGGCCCCAAGUACGAGGUGCAGGCGUCCGCGGGGCGGAGGGUGCUGCUUGUGCGGGACGUGGCGCGAGACGAUGCCGGCCUCUAUGAGUGUGUAAGCCGCGGUGGCCGCAUCGCCUACCAGCUGUCGGUGCAAGGCCUCACGCCCUUUCUGCACAAGGACACGGCUGGCGGCUGUGUGGACGCCGUGGCCGGGGGCCCCGCCCAGUUCGAGUGUGAGACCUCGGAGUCCCACGUCCGCGUGCGCUGGUACAAGGAUGGCACUGAGCUGGGUCGCUCCUGCGGGCGCUUCUCGCAGGAGGACGUGGGGACGCGGCACCGGCUGGUGGCAGCUGCAGUCACCAGGCAGGAUGAAGGCACCUACUCCUGCCGCGUGGGCGAGGACUCUGUGGACUUCCGGCUCCGGGUAUCUGAGCCCAAGGCGGUGUUUGCAAAGGAGCAGCCAGAGCGCAGCCAGGUGCAGGCUGAGGCGGGGGCCAGCGCCACGCUGAGCUGCGAGGUGGCCCAGGCGCAGACGGAGGUGACGUGGUACAAGGACGGGAAGCAGCUGAGCCCCAGCUCCCAAGUGCGCGUGGAGGCAAAGGGGAAGCAGAGGCGGCUGGUGGUGGCGCAGGCGGGCAGGGCGGACGCCGGGGAGUACAGCUGCGAGGCCGGGGGCCAGAGGGUGUCCUUCCGCCUGGACGUCACAGAGCCCAAGGUGGUGUUCGCCAAGGAGCAGCCAGAGCACAGCCAGGUGCAGGCUGAGGCGGGGGCCAGCGCCACGCUGAGCUGCGAGGUGGCCCAGGCGCAGAUGGAGGUGACGUGGUACAAGGACGGGAAGCAGCUGAGCCCCAGCUCCCAAGUGCGCGUGGAGGCAAAGGGGAAGCAGAGGCGGCUGGUGGUGGCGCAGGCGGGCAGGGCGGACGCCGGGGAGUACAGCUGCGAGGCCGGGGGCCAGAGGGUGUCCUUCCGCCUGGACGUCACAGAGCCCAAGGCGGUGUUCGCCAAGGAGCAGCCAGAGCGCAGCCAGGUGCAGGCUGAGGCGGGGGCCAGCGCCACGCUGAGCUGCGAAGUGGCCCAGGCGCAGACGGAGGUGACGUGGUACAAGGACGGGAAGCAGCUGAGCCCCAGCUCCCAAGUGCGCGUGGAGGCAAAGGGGAAGCAGAGGCGGCUGGUGGUGGCGCAGGCGGGCAGGGCGGACGCCGGGGAGUACAGCUGCGAGGCCGGGGGCCAGAGGGUGUCCUUCCACCUCGACGUCACAGAGCCCAAGGCGGUGUUUGCCAAGCAGCAGCCAGAGCGCAGCCAGGUGCAGGCUGAGGCGGGGGCCAGCGCCACGCUGAGCUGCGAGGUGGCCCAGGCGCAGACGGAGGUGACGUGGUACAAGGACGGGAAGCAGCUGAGCCCCAGCUCCCAAGUGCGCGUGGAGGCAAAGGGGAAGCAGAGGAGGCUGGUGGUGGCGCAGGCGGGCAGGGCGGACGCCGGGGAGUACAGCUGCGAGGCCAGGGGCCAGAGGGUGUCCUUCCGCCUGGACAUCACAGAGCCCAAGGCGGUAUUCGCAAAGGAGCAGCCAGAGCGCAGCCAGGUGCAGGCUGAGGCGGGGGCCAGCGCCACGCUGAGCUGCGAGGUGGCCCAGGCGCAGACGGAGGUGACGUGGUACAAGGACGGGAAGCAGCUGAGCCCCAGCUCCCAAGUGCGCGUGGAGGCAAAGGGGAAGCAGAGGCGGCUGGUGGUGGCGCAGGCGGGCAGGGCGGACGCCGGGGAGUACAGCUGCGAGGCCGGGGGCCAGAGGGUGUCCUUCCGCCUGGACGUCACAGAGCCCAAGGUGGUGUUCGCCAAGGAGCAGCCAGAGCACAGCCAGGUGCAGGCUGAGGCGGGGGCCAGCGCCACACUGAUCUGCGAGGUGGCCCAGGCGCAGACGGAGGUGACGUGGUACAAGGACGGGAAGCAGCUGAGCCCCAGCUCCCAAGUGCGCGUGGAGGCAAAGGGGAAGCAGAGGCGGCUGGUGGUGGCGCAGGCGGGCAGGGCGGACGCCGGGGAGUACAGCUGCGAGGCCGGGGGCCAGAGGGUGUCCUUCCGCCUGGACGUCACAGAGCCCAAGGCGGUGUUCGCCAAGGAGCAGCCAGAGCGCAGCCAGGUGCAGGCUGAGGCGGGGGCCAGCGCCACGCUGAGCUGUGAGGUGGCCCAGGCGCAGACGGAGGUGACGUGGUACAAGGACGGGAAGCAGCUGAGCCCCAGCUCCCAAGUGCGCGUGGAGGCAAAGGGGAAGCAGAGGCGGCUGGUGGUGGCGCAGGCGGGCAGGGCGGACGCCGGGGAGUACAGCUGCGAGGCCGGGGGCCAGAGGGUGUCCUUCCGCCUGGACGUCACAGAGCCCAAGGCGGUAUUCGCAAAGGAGCAGCCAGAGAGCAGCCAGGUGCAGGCUGAGGCGGGGGCCAGUGCCACGCUGAGCUGCGAGGUGGCCCAGGCGCAGACGGAGGUGACGUGGUACAAGGACGGGAAGCAGCUGAGCCCUAGCUCCCAAGUGCGCGUGGAGGCAAAGGGGAAGCAGAGGCGGCUGGUGGUGGCGCAGGCGGGCAGGGCGGACGCCGGGGAGUACAGCUGCGAGGCCGGGGGCCGGAGGGUGUCCUUCCGCCUGGACGUCACAGAGCCCAAGGCGGUGUUCGCCAAGGAGCAGCCAGAGCGCAGCCAGGUGCAGGCUGAAGCGGGGGCCAGCGCCACGCUGAGCUGCGAGGUGGCCCAGGCGCAGACGGAGGUGACGUGGUACAAGGACGGGAAGCAGCUGAGCCCCAGCUCCCAAGUGCGCGUGGAGGCAAAGGGGAAGCAGAGGCGGCUGGUGGUGGCUCAGGCGGGCAGGGCGGACGCCGGGGAGUACAGCUGCGAGGCCGGGGGCCAGAGGGUGUCCUUCCGCCUGGACGUCACAGAGCCCAAGGCGGUGUUCGCAAAGGAGCAGCCAGAGCGCAGCCAGGUGCAGGCUGAGGCGGGGGCCAGCGCCACGCUGAGCUGCGAGGUGGCCCAGGCGCAGACGGAGGUGACGUGGUACAAGGACGGGAAGCAGCUGAGCCCCAGCUCCCAAGUGCGCAUGGAGGCAAAGGGGAAGCAGAGGCGGCUGGUGGUGGCGCAGGCGGGCAGGGCGGACGCCGGGGAGUACAGCUGUGAGGCCGGGGGCCAGAGGGUGUCCUUCCACCUGGACGUCACAGAGCCCGAACCUCGAGUUCCAGAGAGACCCAGCCGCAGGGAGCCUCUGGUGGUCAAGGAGCAUGAAGACAUCGUCCUGACUGCCACGCUGGCCACACCGUCCGUGUCCGCAGUGACCUGGCUCAAGGAUGGCGUGGAGAUUCGCAGAAGCAAGCGGCACGAGACAGCCAGCGCGGGGGACACCCACACCCUCACCGUGCGUGGUGCCCAGGUUGUGGACAGCGCCGUCUACAGCUGCCGUGCGGGUGCUGAGGGCCAGGACUUCCCGGUGCAGGUGGAAGAGGUUGUCACCAAGUUCUGCCGGGCCCUGGCGCCUGCGAGCGGGGAGCUGGGCGGCACGGUGACGCUGGCCUGCGAGCUGAGCCCCGCGCGGGCGGAGGUGGUGUGGCGCUGCGGGAGCGCACAGCUGCGGCCCGGCAAGCGCUUCCAGAUGGCGUCCGAGGGGCCCCUGCGCUCCCUCACCAUUUCCGGGCUGCGCGCCGAGGACGCCGGGGAGUACGUGUGUGAGAGCCGCAAUGACAGCACCAGCGCGCACCUCACAGUCAGCGUGCCCCGCGUGGUCAAGUUCACCUCGGGGCUGAGCCCCGUGGUCGCAGAGGAGGGCUGCGAGGCUACCUUCCAGUGCGUGGUGUCCCCCAGCGAUGCGGUGGUCACUUGGUACAGGGAGGGCGUGGCGCUGCAGCCCAGUGAGAAGUUUGUCAUAGCGCAGAGCGGUGCCGGCCACAGCCUGACCAUCUCGGGCCUGGCGCUGGAGGACUCGGGCCAGAUCACAGUGCAGGCAGAGGGCACCUCCUCCUCCGCUGCCCUGCGGGUCCGAGAGGCGCCGGUGCUGUUCAAGAGGAAACUGGAGCCGCAGACGGUGGAGGAGCGGAGCUCGGUGACCCUGGAGGUGGAGCUGACGCGGCCGUGGCCCGAGGUGCGCUGGACGCGGAACGCGGUGGCCCUGGCGCGGGGCGAGAACGUGGAGAUCCACGCCGAGGGCGCGCGGCACCGCCUGGUUCUGCACAAUGUGGGGUUCGCCGACCGCGGCUUCUUCGGCUGCGAGACGCCCCACGACAAGACACAGGCCAAACUCACGGUGGAGAUGCGCCAGGUCCGCCUCGUGCGGGGCCUGCAGGAGGUGGAGGCGCGGGAGCAGGGCGCGGCCACCAUGGAAGUGGAGCUGUCUCACGCCGACGUGGAGGGCACCUGGACUCGCGACGGCCUGCGGCUCCAGCCGGGGCCCACGUGCCACCUAGACGUGCGCGGCCCCACGCACACCCUCACGCUCUCGGGGCUGCGGCCCGAGGACAGCGGCCUGGUGGCCUUUAAGGCGGAGGGCGUGCACACGUCCGCGCAGCUCGUCGUCGCUGAGCUGCCUGUGCGGUUCACGCGCCCGCUGCAGGACGUGGUGACCACUCAGAAGGAGAAGGCGACCCUGGAGUGUGAGCUGUCCCGUCCCAACGUGGACGUGCGCUGGCUGAAGGAUGGCGCGGAGCUGCGGGCGGGCAAGACGGUGGGCGUGGCGGCCCAGGGCGCCUGCAGGAGUCUGGUCAUCUACCGCUGUGAGUUCUCGGACCAGGGCGUCUACGUGUGUGACGCCGGGGACGCCCAGAGCUCCGCCUCCGUGAAGGUGCAAGGCCGCAACGUGCAGAUCGUGAGGCCCCUAGAGGAUGUCGAAGUGAUGGAGAAGGAAGGGGCCACCUUCUCCUGCGAGGUGUCCCAUGAUGAGGUGCCCGCCCAGUGGUUCCACGAGGGCAGCAAGCUGCGGCCCAGCGAGAACGUGCGCAUCCGCCAGGAAGGAAGGACAUACACGCUCAUCUACUGGAGGGUCCUGACGGAAGACGCAGGAGAAAUCAAGUUUGUUGCAGAAAACGCAGAAUCGUGUGCCCAGCUCCGAGUGAAGGAGCUGCCGGUGACCCUCCUGCGCCCGCUGCGGGACAAGAUCGCCAUGGAGAAGCACCGGGGCGUGCUCGAGUGUCAGGUGUCCCGGGCCAGCGCCCAGGUGCGGUGGUUCAAGGGCAGCCAGGAGCUGGAGCCCGGGCCCAGGUACGAGAUGGUCAGCGAUGGCGUCUACCGCAAGCUGGUCAUCAAAGACGUGCAGCCUGAGGACGAGGACACCUACACCUGCGAUGCCGGUGACGUCAAGACCAGCGCCCAGUUCUUUGUGGAAGAGCAAUCCAUCACCAUCGUGCGGGGCCUGCAGGAUGUGACGGUGAUGGAGCCCGCCCCCGCCUGGUUCGAGUGCGAGACCUCCAUCCCCUCGGUGCGGCCGCCCAAGUGGCUCCUGGGGAAGACGGUGCUGAAGGCAGGGCCGGACGUGGGCAUGGAGCAGGAAGGCACGGUGCACCGGCUGACGCUGCGGCGGACCUACUCCACCAUGACUGGGCCCGUGCACUUCACCAUCGGCAAGUCCCGCUCCUCCGCCCGCCUGGUGGUCUCAGACAUCCCCGUGGUCCUCACACGGCCUCUGGAGCCCAAGACGGGGCGCGAGCUGCAGUCGGUUGUCCUGUCCUGUGACUUCCGGCCACCCGCCAAGGCCGUGCAGUGGUACAAGGAUGACACACCCCUGUCUCCCUCCGACAAAUUCAAGAUGACCCUGCAGGGUCAGAUGGCUGAGCUGCGCGUCCUCCGGCUCACACCCGCCGAUGCUGGCGUCUACCGGUGCCAGGCGGGCAGUGCCCAGAGCAGCGCCGAGGUCACCGUGGAAGCUCGGGAGGUGAUGGUGACGCAGCCGCUGCAGGACGCUGAGGCCACAGAGGAGGGCCGGGCCAGCUUCUCCUGCGAGCUGUCCCACGAGGACGAGGAGGUCGAGUGGUCACUCAACGGGACACCCUUGUACAACGACAGCUUCCACGAGAUCACACACGAGGGCCGGCGCCACACGCUGGUGCUGAAGAGCGUCCACCUGGCAGACGCGGGCACGGUGCGCGCGGCCUCUGCGAAGGUGUCGGCCUCCGCCCGCCUGGAGGUCCGAGCGAAGCCGGUGGUGUUCCUGAAGGCGCUGGACGACAUGUCCGCAGAGGAGCGUGGCACCCUGGCCCUGCAGUGUGAGGUGUCCGACCCCCAGGCCCGCGUGGUGUGGCACAAAGACGGUGUGCCCCUGGGCCCCAGUGACAAGUACGACUUCUUGCACACGGCUGGCACGCGGGGGCUCGUGGUGCAUGACCUGAGCCCUGAGGACGCCGGCCUGUACACCUGCCGCGUGGGCACGGAGGAGACCCGAGCCCGGGUCAGCGUGCACGACCUGCAUGUGGGCAUCACCAAGCGGCUGAAGACGAUGGAGGUGCUGGCAGGUGAGAGCUGCACCUUUGAGUGCGUCCUGUCCCAUGAGAGCACCGGUGACCCAGCUGCGUGGACGGUUGAUGGGAAGACGGUGGGCAGCUCCGGCCACUUCUGGGCCACGUGCCAGGGUCGGAAAUACAUGCUGACGGUCACCGAGGCUGCGCCCAGCGACGCCGGGGAGGUGGUCUUCUCCGUGCGGGGCCUCACCUCCAAGGCCUCGCUCAUCGUCAGAGAGAGGCCAGCGAACUUCACGAAGCCCCUGGCAGACCAGCGAGCCGUGCUGGGGGAGGACGCGGUGCUGCGCUGUGAGCUGUCGCGGGCGGGCGCCCCCGUGCGCUGGCUGAAGGACGGCAAGGCCAUCCGCAAGAGUCAGAAGUACGACGUGCUCGUCGAGGGCACGCAGGCCACGCUGGUCGUCCGCGGGGCCUCGCUCAAGGAUUCGGGCACGUACACGUGUGAGGUGGAGGAUUCCAGGAGCACGGCCAGCCUCCGCGUGGAAGAAAAGGCAAACCGGUUCACGGAGGAGCUGGCCGACCUGCAGGUGGAGGAGAAGGGCACGGCCGUGUUCGUGUGCACGACGGAGAGGCCCGCGGCGGCGGUGACCUGGCGCAAGGGCCUCACGGAGCUGCGGGCCUCGGGGAAGCACCGGCCCAGCCAGGAGGGCCUGACGCUGAGGCUCACCGUCACUGCCCUGGAGAAGGCGGACAGCGACACGUACACUUGCGACAUCGGCCAGGCCCAGUCCCGGGCCCGGCUGCUGGUGCAAGGCCAGAGCGUGCGCAUCAUCGAGGACCUGGAGGACAAGGACGUGCAGGAGGGCUCCGAGGCCACCUUCCGCUGCCGGGUCUCCCCCGCUGACUACAAGCCCGUGUACUGGUUCCUGGACAAGACGCCCCUGCACCCCAACGAGCUCAAUGAGAUCGAGGCCCAGCCCGGGGGCUACCAUGUGCUGACGCUGCGGCGGCUCGCGCUCAAGGACUCGGGCACCGUCCACUUCGAGGCAGGCGACCAGCGGGCCUCGGCUGCCCUGCGGGUCACCGAGAAGCCGAGCGUCUUCUCCCGGGAGCUCACGGAUGCCACCGUCACAGAGGGCGAGGACCUGACCCUCACGUGUGAGACCCGCGUCCCGGACAGCCCCGUGUGCUGGACCAAGGACGGGAAGACCCUGCGGCCGUCCGCCCGGUGUCAGUUGAGCUAUGAGGGCCGCCGGGCCCAGCUGGUCCUCAGCGGGGCCACCGUGCAGGACGGCGGGCGCUACAAGUGCGAGGCCCGGGGCGCCUGCUGCAGCGCCAUCGUCAGGGUCCACGCCCGGCCUGUGCGGUUCCGGGAGGCCCUGAAGGACCAGGAGGUGCCGGAGGGCGGAGCUGCCACACUGCGCUGCGUCCUGUCGUCUGUUGCUGCACCCGUGGAGUGGCGACGCGGGGACAACAUCCUGAGGUCGGGCGACAAGUACAGCCUGCGCCAGGAGGGUGCCGUGCUGGAGCUGGUGGUGCGGGACCUGCGGCCCCAGGACAGCGGGCGGUACUCAUGCUCCUUCGGGGACCAGGUGACGUCUGCCACGCUCACCGUGAAAGCCCUGCCCGCCCAGUUCACAGGGAGACUGAGAAACAAGGAGGCCACGGAAGGGACAGUGGCCUCGCUGCGGUGUGAGCUGAGCAAGGCGGCCCCUGUGGAGUGGAAGAAGGGGGCCGAGACCCUCAGAGAUGGGGACAGAUACAGCCUGCGGCAGGACGGGGCCGUGUGUGAGCUGCAGAUCCGUGGCCUGGCCGUGGCGGAUGCCGGGGAGUAUUCGUGCGUGUGCGGGCAGGAGAGGACCUCGGCCACACUCACUGUCAGGGCCCUGCCUGCCCACUUCAUAGGAAGACUGAGAAACCAGGAGGCCACAGAAGGGGCCAUGGCCACGCUUCGGUGUGAGCUGAGCAAGGCGGACCCCGUGGAGUGGCGGAAGGGGCCCGAGACCCUCAGAGAUGGGGACAGAUACAGCCUGAGGCAGGACGGGACCACGUGUGAGCUGCAGAUCCGUGGCCUGGCCGUGGCGGAUGCCGGGGAGUACUCGUGCGUGUGCGGGGAGGAGAGGACCUCAGCCACGCUCACCGUCAGGGCCCUGCCUGCCAAGUUCACAGAGGGUCUGAGGAAUGCAGAGGCCACAGAAGGGGCCACGGCCACGCUGCAGUGUGAGCUGAGCAAGGCGGCCCCUGUGCAGUGGAGGAAGGGGCCCAAGACCCUCAGAGCUGGGGACAGAUACAGCCUGAGGCAGGACGGGGCUGUGUGUGAGCUGCAGAUCCGUGGCCUGGCCGUGGCAGACACCGGGGAGUACUCGUGCGUGUGCGGGGAGGAGAGGACCUCGGCCACGCUCACCGUCAGGGCCCUGCCCGCCAGGUUCAUAGAAGAUGUGAAAAACCAGGAGGCCACAGAAGGGGCCACAGUCACCCUGCGGUGUGAGCUGAGCAAGGCGGCCCCUGUGGAGUGGAGGAAGGGGCCCGAGACCCUCAGAGAUGGGGACAGAUACAGCACGAAGAGGGACGGGACCCGAUGUGAGCUGCAGAUCCGAGGCCUGGCUGUGGCGGAUGCCGGGGAGUACUCGUGCGUGUGCGGGCAGGAGAGGACCUCGGCCACGCUCACCGUCAGGGCCCUUCCUGCUCGAUUCAUUCAAGAUCUGAAGACCAAGGAGGCCACUGAGGGGACCACGGCCACGCUACAGUGUGAGCUGAGCAAGGUGGCCCCCGUGGAGUGGAAGAAGGGGCCCGAGACCCUCAGAGAUGGGGACAGAUACAGCCUGCGGCAGGACGGGACCACGUGUGAGCUGCAGAUCCAUGGCCUGGCCGUGGCGGAUGCCGGGGAGUACUCGUGCGUGUGUGGGCAGGAGAGGACCUCGGCCACGCUCACCGUCAGGGCUCUUCCUGCCAGAUUCACAGAAGAUGUGAGAAAUCAAGAGGCCACAGAAGGGGCCACGGCUACACUGCGGUGUGAGCUGAGCAAGGUGGCCCCCGUGCAGUGGAGGAAGGGGCCCGAGACCCUCAGAGAUGGGGACAGAUACAGCCUGCGGCAGGACGGGACCACGUGUGAGCUGCAGAUACGUGGCCUGGCCGUGGCGGAUGCCGGGGAGUACUCGUGCGUGUGCGGGCAGGAGAGGACCUCGGCCACGCUCACCGUCAGGGCUCUGCCCGCCAAGUUCGCAGAGGGUCUGAGGAAUGAAGAGGCCACAGAAGGGGCCACGGCCACGCUACAGUGUAAGCUGAGCAAGGUGGCCCCCGUGGAGUGGAGGAAGGGGCCCCAGAGCCUCAGAGAUGGGGAGAGAUACAGCCUGAGGCAGGAUGGGGCCACAUGUGAGCUGCAGAUCCGUGGCCUGGCCGUGGCGGAUGCAGGGGAGUACUCGUGCGUGUGUGGUCGGGAGAGGACCUCAGCCACGCUCACUGUCAAGGCCCUGCCCGCCAAGUUCGCAGAGGGUCUGAGGAAUGAAGAGGCCACAGAAGGGGCCACGGCCACGCUACAGUGUAAGCUGAGCAAGGUGGCCCCCGUGGAGUGGAGGAAGGGGCCCCAGAGCCUCAGAGAUGGGGACAGAUACAGCCUGAGGCAGGAUGGGGCCACAUGUGAGCUGCAGAUCCGUGGCCUGGCCGUGGCGGAUGCAGGGGAGUACUCGUGCGUGUGUGGUCGGGAGAGGACCUCAGCCACGCUCACUGUCAAGGUGACCGCCUGGUCUUCCGCAGCCCUGCCUGCGAGGUUCGUAGAAGAUAUGAGAAACCAGGAGGCCACAGAAGGGGCCACGGCCACACUGUGGUGUGAGCUGAGCAAGGCAGCACCUGUGGAGUGGAGGAAGGGGACAAAGACCCUCAGAGAUGGGGACAAAUACAGUGUGAGGCAAGAUGGGACCCAGUGUGAGCUGCAGAUCCAUGGCCUGGCCGUGGGAGACACCGGAGAGUACUCGUGCGUGUGCGGGCAGGAGAGGACCUCGGCCACGCUCACUGUCAGAGCCCUGCCUGCCCACUUCAUUGGAAGACUGAGAAACAAGGAGGCCACAGAAGGGGCCACAGUCACACUCCAGUGUGAGCUGAGCAAGGCAGCCCCUGUGCAGUGGAGGAAGGGUCCAGAGACCCUCGGCGCUGGGGACAGAUACAGCCUGAGGCAGGACGGGGCUGAGUGUGAGCUGCAGAUCCGUGGCCUGACUGUGGCGGAUGCCGGCGAGUACUUGUGUGUGUGCGGGGAGGAGAGGACCUCGGCCACACUGAUUGUCCGGGCCCUGCCUGCCAGAUUCACAAAAGACGUGAGCAACCAGGAGGCCGCAGAAGGGGCCACAGCCACGCUGUGGUGUGAGCUGAGCAAGGUGGCCCCUGUGGAGUGGAAGAAGGGGUCUGAGACCCUCAGAGAUGGGGACAGAUACAGUGUGAGGCGGGACGGGACGCGGUGUGAGCUGCAGAUCCGUGGCCUGGCUGUGGCAGAUGCUGGCGAGUACGCAUGCGUGUGCGGGCAGGAGAGGACCUCGGCCACGCUCACCGUCAGGGCCCUGCCUGCCAAGUUCACGGAGGGUCUGAGGAAUGAAGAGGCCAUGGAAGGGGCCACGGCCACACUGCGUUGUGAGCUGAGCAAGGUCGCCCCUGUGGAGUGGAGGAAGGGGCCCCAGACCCUCAGAGAUGGGGACAGAUACAGCCUGAGGCAGGAUGGGGCCACAUGUGAGCUGCAGAUCCGUGGCCUGGCCGUGGCGGAUGCAGGGGAGUACUCGUGCGUGUGUGGGCAGGAGAGGACCUCAGCCACACUCACUGUCAAGGCCCUGCCCGCCAGGUUCAUAGAAGAUGUGAAAAACCAGGAGGCCACAGAAGGGGCCACAGUCACCCUGCGGUGUGAGCUGAGCAAGGCGGCCCCCGUGGAGUGGAGGAAGGGGCCCGAGACCCUCAGAGAUGGGGACAGAUACAGCGUGAGGCGGGAUGGGACCCGAUGUGAGCUGCAGAUCCGAGGCCUGGCCGUGGUGGAUUCUGGGGAGUACUCAUGCGUGUGCGGGCAGGAGAGGACCUCAGCCAUGCUCACCGUCAAGGCCCCGCAGGUGCUGUUCCGGGAGCCGCUGCAGGGCCUGCAGGCUGAGGAGGGCUCCACGGCCCGCCUGCGCUGCGAGCUGUCCCAGCCGGCCGCCGUGGUCUGGAGCAAGGGUGGCCUGGAGCUGGGGGCGGACGGGCGCAGGGAGCCGCGGCUGCGGGGCUGCACGGCUGAGCUGGUGCUGCAGGACCUGCGGCGCGAGGACGCCGGCGAGUACACCUGCGCCUGCGGCUCCCAGGCCACCAGCGCCACACUCACCGUCACAGCUGCGCCCGUGCGCUUCCUCCGCGAGCUGGAGGCGCAGGAGGUGGCUGAGGGCGGCACCGCGCACCUGCGCUGCGAGCUGAGCCGGCCGGGCGCGGGCGUGGAGUGGCGCAAGGGCUCCCUGCAGCUGUUCCCCUGCGCCAAGUACCAGCUGGUGCAAGAGGGCGCGGUCGCCGAGCUGCUCGUGCGCGGCGCGGAGCCAGAGGACGCGGGUGACUAUACCUGCGACACGGGCCACGCGCAGAGCACGGCCACCCUCUCUGUCCAUGCCCCCAGGCCCAAGUUCAAGACGGGGCUGCAGAGCUUGGAGCAGGAGGCAGGCAGCGUGGCCCGGCUGUGCUGUCAGCUCAGCCAGGCGGAGCCGGGGGCUGCGGUGCAGUGGCUGAAGGAGGGCGUGGAGCUGCGCAUGGGCCCCAAGUAUGAGAUGCGGAGCCAGGGGACCACGUGUGAGCUGCUGGUCCGCGGGCUGGAGGCCAAGGACACGGGCGAGUACGCCUGCGUGGUGGGCGGCCAGAAAACCGUGGCCUCCCUCAGGGUCAAAGAGCCUGAGGUGACCAUUGUUCGAGGUCUGGUUGAUGCGGAGGUGCAGGUGGAUGAGGAUGUGAAGUUCAGCUGCGAGGUGUCACGGGCCGGGGCCACGGACGUGCAGUGGCGACUUCAAGGCCUGCCGCUGCAGAGCAACGAGGUGACAGAGGUGGCCGUGCAGGAUGGCCGUAUCCACACACUCUGGCUGAAGGGCGUGACACCUGAGGAUGCCGGCACCAUCUCCUUCCACGUGGGCAGCCACACGUCCUCUGCCCAGCUCACCGUCAGAGCUCCUGAGGUGACCAUCCUGGAGCCCCUGCAGGACGUACAGCUCAGCGAGGGCCAGGAUGCCCGCUUCUGGUGCCGGCUGUCCAGGGCCUCAGGCCAGGAGGCCCGCUGGGCUUUGGGAGGGGUGCCCUUGCAAGCCAAUGAGAUGAAUGACAUCACUGUGGAGCAGGACAACCUCUACUCGCUCACCCUGCACAAGGUGACCCUCGAGGAUGCUGGAACCAUCAGUUUCCAAGUGGGCUCGUGUAGCUCUGAGGCCCAGCUGAAGGUCACAGAGGCAGCGCUGUGCCUGGUACGUGGCUUGCAGAACGUGGACGUCUUCGCGGGGGAGGUGGCCACAUUCUCCUGCGAGGUGUCUCGUGCGGGUGGGCCAGAGGCUCGCUGGUGGCUGGAUGGGACCCUGCUGCAGGACGGCCCUGAGAGCGCCAUUGCUGUGCGUGAUGGGACCUUUCACUCCCUCGCGCUCUCAGGCCUGGGGGUGGCAGACUCGGGCACCAUCACCUUCCGCUCAGGGCCCCUGGUCUCCACGGCCAAGUUGUUGGUCAAAGAUCCCGUGGUGGAGGUGGUCAGUGCCAUGCAGGACCUGGCUGUGGAGGAGGGCGGCUCGGCCGAGCUCCUCUGCCAGUACUCGCUGCCCGUGCAGGCUACGUGGAAGAUGGACGAGCGGGAGGUGUGCGCGGAUGGGCACCGUGUCAUCAUAGAGCAGGACUGGAACGUGGCCAGGCUGAUCUUCAGGCCGGCCUUGCCCUGUGACAGUGGCAUCUAUUCUUGUGAGGCUGCGGGCACACGUGUGGUGGCCCUGCUGCAAGUGCAAGCCAAGAACACGGUGCUGCGCGGGCUGGAGAACGUGGAGGCGCCCGAGGGCGGCGAGGCGCUGUUCGAGUGCCAGCUGUCCCAGCCGGAGGUGGCCGCCCACACCUGGCUGCUGGACGACGAACCCGUGCGCACCUCUGAGAACGCCGAGGUGGUCUACUUCGAGAACGGCCUGCGGCACCUGCUGCUGCUCAAAAACCUGCGGCCGCAGGACAGUUGCCGGGUGACCUUCCUGGCCGGGGACAUGGUGACGUCUGCCUUCCUCACGGUCAGAGGCUGGCGCCUGCAGGUCCUGGAGGCCCCGCGGGACGCGGCGGUGCUGGCCGGGGCGCAGGCCAGCUUCAGCUGCACGCUCAGCGAGGCGGUGCCUGUGGGCGACGCGUCCUGGUACAUCAACGGGGCCCCGGUGCAGCCGGACGACGCCGACUGGACGGUCACCGCCGACGGCAGCCACCAUGCCCUGCUGCUGCGCAGAGCCCGGCUGCACCACGCGGGGGAGGUCACCUUUGCCUGCCGCGACGCCGUAGCUUCUGCGCGGCUCACCGUGCUGGGCCUCCCUGACCCCCCCGAGGAUGCCGAGGUGGUGGGCCGCAGCAGCCACUCCGUGACGCUGUCCUGGGUGGCUCCCACGAGCGAUGGAGGUGGUGGUCUCUGUGGUUAUCGUGUGGAGGUGAAGGAGGGGGCCACAGGCCAGUGGCGGCUGUGCCACGAACUGGUGCCUGGGCCUGAGUGCGUGGUGGACGGCCUGGCCCCCGGGGAGUCCUACCGCUUCCGCGUGGCAGCUGUGGGCCCCGCAGGUGCUGGGGAGCCGGUGUACCUGCCCCAGACUGUGCGGCUCGAGCCGCUGAAGCCCGUGCUGCCCGCACCCUCAGCGCCCGAGACCCGGCAGGCAGUGGACGGCGAGGACGUCUGUCUGGAGCUGGAGGUGGCAGCCGAGGCUGGCGAGGUGGUCUGGCACAGGGGCACGGAGCGUAUCCAGCCGAGUGGGCGCUUCGAGGUGGUCUCCCGGGGAAAGCGACAGAUGCUGGUGAUCAGAGGCUUCACGGCGGAAGACCAGGGCGAGUACCGCUGCGUCCCCGCCCAGGGUCCUGCCUGUUCCGCCGCUGCCACGUUCCAGGUGGUGCUGAGCCCGGGCUCUGGGGAUGAGGCCCCCCCCCAGCCCAGCCUGCCCCCCGAGGCAGCCCAGGAGGGUGAUCUGCACCUGCUGUGGGAGGCCCUGGCCCGGAAGCGUCGCAUGAGCCGUGAGCCCACACUGGACUCCAUCAGCGAGCUGCCCGAGGAGGAUGGCCGCUCACCGCGCCCACGGCAGGAGGUGGAGGAGGCAGCCCCUGACCUCUCUGAGGACUACUCCACAGCCGAUGAGCUAGCACGCACCGGAGAGGCUGACCUUUCGCACACCAGCUCUGACGACGAGUCCCGGGCAGGAACCCCUUCCCUGGUUGCCUACCUCAAGAAGGCUGGGAGGCCUGGCACCUCACCACUGGCCAGCAAGGUCGAGGCCCCAGCAGCCCCCUCCAUGAAGCCACAGAAGCAGCAGGAGCAGCUGCCUGCCAUGUACCCGCCACCGGCAGACCUAAGUGCCAAGGACCUGGGUGAACCCUCCAUGGACAAGGCGGCCGUGAAGAUCCAGGCUGCCUUUAAGGGCUACAAGGUCCGGAAGGAGAUGAAGCAGCAGGAAGGACCAGUGUUCUCCCGCACAUUUGGGGACACUGAGGCACAGGUGGGCGACGCCCUGCGGCUGGAGUGUGUGGUGGCCAGCAAGGCAGACGUGCGAGCCUGUUGGCUGAAGGAUGGCAUGGAGUUGACCGACGGGCGGCACCACCACAUCGACCAGCUUGGGGAUGGCACCUGCUCUUUGCUGGUCACCGGUGUGGGCCGUGCCGAUGCUGGCCGCUACACCUGUCAGGUGAGCAACAAGUUUGGCCAGGUGGCCCACAGCGCCAGCGUGGUGGUCAGUGGGACAGAGAGCGAGGCCGAGAGCUCAUCGGGGGGUGAGCUGGACGACGCCUUCCGCCGGGCCGCCCGGAGGCUGCACCGGCUGUUCCGUACCAAGGGCCCGGCCGAGGUUUCGGAUGAGGAGCUCUUCCUCAGCGCUGACGAGGGCCCCGCGGAGCCGGAGGAGCCGGCGGACUGGCAGACGUACCGCGAAGAUGAGCAUUUUGUGUGCAUCCGUUUUGAGGCACUCCCCGAGGCCCGCCGGGCAGUCACGCGCUUCCAGGAGAUGUUUGCCACGCUGGGCAUUGGGGUGGAGAUCAGCCUCAUGGAGCAGGGGCCCCGAGGGGUAGAGAUGCGCAUCGGCAAGGUGGCCCCUGCCCCUGCGGUGCCCCAGGAGCCAGUGCCCAGCCUGCUGACCUCUGAUGCUGCCGCCCCGGUGUUCCUGACUGAGCUGCAGAACCAAGAAGUGCAGGACGGGUAUCCCGUGAGCUUUGACUGUGUGGUGACUGGCCAGCCCCUGCCUAGUGUGCGCUGGUUCAAAGACGGGAAGCUGUUGGAGGAGGACGACCACUACAUGAUCAACGAGGACCAGCAGGGUGGCCACCAGCUCAUCAUCACGGCUGUGGUGCCUGCAGACAUGGGUGUCUACCGCUGCCUGGCCGAGAACAGCGUGGGUGUGUCCUCCACCAAGGCUGAGCUCCGAGUGGACCUGACAAGCACAGACUACGAAACUGCAGCUGAUGCCACGGAGACCUCGUCAUACUUCAGUGCCCAAGGCUACCUGUCCAGCCGGGAGCAAGAGGGAACAGAGUCGACCACGGACGAGGGGCAGCUGCCCCAGGUGGUGGAGGAGCUGAAAGACCUCCAGGUGGCCCCUGGGGCGCGCCUGGCCAAGUUCCAGCUCAAGGUGAAAGGCUACCCGGCACCCACGCUGUACUGGUUCAAAGACGGCCAGCCCCUGACCGCCUCUGCCCAUGUCCGCAUGACCGACAAGAAGACCCUGCACAGCCUGGAGAUUGUCUCGGUGACCCGGGAGGACGCCGGCCAGUACGCGGCCUACAUCAGCAAUGCCGUGGGCACCGCCUACUCCUCUGCCCGGCUGCUGGUCCGAGGCCCCGAUGAACCAGAAGAGAAGCCAGUGCCAGAUGUGCAUGAGCAGCUGGUGCCACCCCGCAUCCUGGAGAGGUUCACCCCCAAGAAAGUGAAGAAGGGCUCCAGCAUCACCUUUUCGGUGAAGGUAGAAGGGCGCCCGGCCCCCGCCGUGCACUGGCUCAGGGAGCAGGCCGGGAGCGGCGUGCUGUGGAUCGGCCCCGACACGCCGGGCUACACCGUGGCCAGCUCUGCCCAGCAGCACAGCCUGGUCCUGCUGGACGUGGGCCGCCAGCACCAGGGCACCUACACCUGCCUCGUCACCAAUGCCGCCGGCCAGGCCCUCUGCUCCGCCGGCCUGCACAUCUCCGGCCUGGGCGAGGAGGAGGAGCAGGACAAGGUGAAGGAGGCUCUGCUCUCCACCUUCCUCCAGGGGACAACCCAGGCCAUCUCGGCACAGAUGGCGGAGCCUGCGGGUGUGGCUGACCUUGCCGGGCGGAGCAAAGGAGAGGCUGUGGUGGCCGAGGAGGUCCGCAGCCACCUGUCCCUCGCCGAGGUGGGCACAGAGGAGUUCCUGCAGAAACUCACCUCCCAGAUCACCGAGAUGGUGUCGGCCAAGAUCACGCAGGCCAAGCUGCAGGUGCCUGGGUUCGACAGCGAUGAGGAGUCCAAGACGCCGUCGGCGUCCCCGCGGCACGGCCGGUCACGGCCUUCCUCCAGCGUCCAGGAGUCCUCCUCAGAGUCGGAGGACGGCGACUCCCGUGGUGAGAUCUUUGACAUCUAUGUGGUCACGGCCGACUACCUGCCCCUGGGGGCCGAGCAGGACGCCAUCACGCUGCGGGAAGGCCAGUACGUGGAGGUGCUCGACUCGGCCCACCCGCUGCGCUGGCUUGUGCGCACCAAGCCCACCAAAUCCAGCCCGUCGAGGCAGGGCUGGGUGUCGCCCGCCUACUUGGACAAGAGGCUCAAGCUGUCUCCUGAGUGGGGGGCCGCUGAGGCCCCCGAGUUCCCUGGGGAGGCCGUGUCUGAAGACGAGUACAAGACAAGACUGAGCUCUGUGAUCCAGGAGCUGCUGAGCUCGGAGCAGGCGUUUGUGGGCAAGCUGCAGUUCCUGCAGAGCCACCACAUGCAGCACCUGGACCGCUGCCCCCACGUGCCCGCGGCCGUGGCCAGCCAGAAGGCCGUCAUCUUCCGCAACGUGCAGGACAUCAGCCACUUCCACAGCAGCUUCCUGCAGGAGCUGCAGCAGUGUGAUACGGACGACGACGUCGCCAUGUGUUUCAUCAAGAACCAGGCGGCCUUUGAGAAGUACCUGGAGUUCUUGGUGGGCCGGGUGCAGGCCGAGUCGGUGGUGGUCAGCACAGCCGUGCAGGAGUUCUACAAGAAGUACGCAGAGGAGGCGCUGUCGGCCGGGGACCCCUCGCAGCCGCCGCCGCUGCCGCUGCAGCACUACCUGGAGCAGCCGGUGGAGCGCGUGCAGCGGUACCAGGCCCUGCUGAAGGAGCUGAUCCGCAACAAGGCCCGCAACAGGCAGAACUGCGCGCUCCUGGAGCAGGCCUACGCCGUGGUGUGUGCCCUGCCCCAGCGCGCCGAGAACAAGCUGCACGUUUCCCUCAUGGAGAACUACCCGGGCACCCUGGAGGCCCUGGGCGAGCCCAUCCGCCAGGGCCACUUCAUCGUGUGGGAGGGCGCGCCAGGGGCCCGGAUGCCCUGGAAGGGGCACAACCGCCACGUGUUCCUCUUCCGCAACCACCUGGUGAUCUGCAAGCCCCGGCGAGACUCCCGCACCGACACCUUCAGCUACGUGUUCCGGAACAUGAUGAAGCUGAGUAGCAUCGACCUGAACGACCAGGUGGAGGGGGACGACCGUGCCUUCGAGGUAUGGCACGAGCGCGAGGACUCCGUGCGCAAGUACCUGCUGCAGGCGCGCACCGUCAUCACCAAGAACUCCUGGGUGAAGGAGAUCUGCGGCAUCCAGCAGCGCCUGGCCCUGCCCGUGUGGCGGCCCCCGGAUUUUGAGGAGGAGCUGGCCGACUGCACGGCCGAGCUGGGCGAGACGGUGAAGCUGGCCUGCCGCGUCACGGGCACACCCAAGCCCGUCGUCAGCUGGUACAAAGACGGGAGGCCGGUGGAGGUGGACCCGCACCACAUCCUCAUCGAGGACCCCGACGGCUCGUGCGCCCUCAUCUUGGACAACCUGACAGGCACAGACUCCGGCCAGUACAUGUGCUUCGCGGCCAGCGCCGCCGGCAACGCCAGCACCCUGGGCAAGAUCCUCGUGCAAGUCCCCCCGCGGUUCGUGAAGAAGGUGCGGGCGGCGCCGUUUGUGGAGGGCGAGGACGCCCAGGUCACCUGCACCAUCGAAGGUGCCCCGUAUCCCCAGAUCAGGUGGUACAAGGACGGUGCCCUGCUGACGCCUGGCGGCAAGUGCCGCGUGCUGAGCGAGCCCCGCAGCGGCGUCCUGGUGCUGGCAAUCCGGGCGGCCGGCAGGGAGGACCUGGGCCACUACGAGUGCGAGUUGGUGAACCGGCUGGGGUCCACGCGCGGCGGCGCCGACCUGUGCUUGCAGAGCCCCGCGCUGCGGGCCCGGGAGCAGCACCGCAGGGAGCAGCUCGUGUCCGCCGUGGAAGAUGCCGCCCUGCAGGACUCUGUCCGCACCACCCAGGACCGCGGGGACCAGGAGGUCGUGCCCCCCCUGCAGAGACUGCCCGGCCCCUUCUCGGAGAACCUCACGGGCCCUGGCCCCAGCCCCGGGGGACCACCCGCGCUGCACGGGGCCUGCCCCCAGCCCCCAGGCACAGGAGCUGCGGACGCACCUGGGCCCCCGGAGCCUGCUGCUCUGCCUGGCGAUGUGGAGGGCCUGUCGGGGGCAGCCCCCGGGGCCCACCAGGCUUCCUGCCUGCCACCGGCCGGGCCACCAGCCAAGCCACCGGCGGAGCCACCAGCCGAGCCACCAGCAGAGCCACCAGCUGAGCCACCGGCCGAGCGCCCGAUGGCGCCGCCGCCCCUCCCCCGUGGAGGCCGAGAGCAGGAGACCGAGGCCAGCACCGGGGCGCAGGGACGGACCGUGCCCAUUCGGGUGGAGGGCGCGGCCCGGCCGGCGGCAGGCGCUGGGGAGCUGCUCUGGGACGUGCACAGCCGCCUGGUCACCGAGACCACACAGACCACCUACGUGUACCGGGCUGUCGACGCCGGCGCCGCAAGGCCCCCGUCCAUGCAGGUAACCAUUGAGGAUGUGCAGGUCCAGGCAGGUGGCAUGGCACAGUUUGAGGCUGUCAUUGAGGGCAACCCGAAGCCCACGGUGACCUGGUACAAGGACGGUGUCCAGCUGGCAGACGGCGCCCGGCUCAGCCAGCAGCAGGAGGGCACCACCUACUCCCUGGUGCUGCAGGACGUGUCCCGGCACGAUGCCGGUGUCUACACCUGCGUGGCCCAAAACGCCGGUGGCCAGGUGCUCUGCAAGGCAGAGCUGCUGGUCCGUGGGGCGGACGGCGAGCCCGACUCUGAGAAGCAAAGCUCCCGCAGGAAGCUCCACUCCUUCUACGAGGUCAAGGAGGAGAUCGGAAGGGGCGUGUUUGGCUUCGUGAAGAGAGUGCAGCACAAAGGAAACAAGAUCUCUUGCGCCGCCAAGUUCAUCCCCCUGAGGAGCAAAACCCGGGCCCAGGCGUACCGGGAGCGAGACGUCCUGGCCACCCUGAGCCACCCACUCGUCACCGGGCUGCUGGACCAGUUCGAGACCCGCAAGACCCUCAUUCUUGUCUUAGAACUGUGCUCCUCCGAGGAGCUGCUGGACCGCCUGUUCAAGAAGAGUGUGGUGACAGAGGCAGAGGUGAAGGUCUACAUCCAGCAGCUGGUGGAGGGACUGCACUACCUACACAGCCACGGCGUCCUCCACCUGGACAUAAAGCCUCCCAACAUCCUGAUGGUGCAUCCUGCCCGGGAGGACAUUAAAAUCUGCGACUUCGGCUUUGCCCAGAAUGUCACCCCGGCAGAGCCGCAGUACAGCCAGUACGGCUGCCCCGAGUUUGUGUCCCCUGAGAUCAUCGAGCAGAGCCCCGUGAGCGAGGCCUCCGACGUCUGGGCCAUGGGUGUCAUCUCCUACCUCAGCCUCACCUGCUCAUCCCCGUUCGCGGGCGAGAGUGACCGCGCCACCCUCCUGAACGUCCUGGAGGGGCGGGUGUCUUGGAGCAGCCCCAUGGCCGCCCACCUCAGCGAGGACGCCAAGGACUUCAUCAGGGCCACCCUGCGACGGGCCCCGGAGGCCCGGCCCAGCGCCGCCCAGUGCCUGGCCCACUCCUGGUUCCUGAAGUCCGUGCCCGCGGAGGAGGCCCACUUCAUCAACACCAAGCAGCUCAAGUUCCUCCUGGCCCGAAGUCGCUGGCAGCGCUCCCUGAUGAGCUACAAGUCUAUCCUGGCCAUGCGCUCCAUCCCGGAGCUGCUGCAGGGCCCGCCGGACAGCCCGUCGCUGGGGGUGGCCCGGCACCUCCGCGCAGACGCCAGCAGCUCCUCCAGCUCCUCGUCCUCCGACAACGAGCUCGCCCCGUUUGCCCGGGCCAAGUCGCUGCCCCCCUCCCCGGUGACCCACUCGCCGCUGCUGCACCCCCGGGGCUUCCUGCGGCCCUCGGCCAGCCUGCCCGAGGAGGCGGAGGCCUGUGCGCCCCCCAUGGCCACGGCCGCGGCCCCUCCGGCGUCGCCCCAGGGUGCGGGGCCACUGGGCGCCCCCGGCUGCGUGCCCCGGCACAGCGUCGUCCGCAGCCUGUUCUACCAGCAGGCGGGGGGCGAGGGCCCGGGGCCAGGGGCUGCAGCCAUGGGGGGCAGGCGGCACCCGGCCCGGCGGCGGCACCUGCUGACGGGCGGCUACAUCGCGGGGGCGCUGCCCGGCCUGCGCGAGCCCCUGCUGGAGCACCGCGCGCUGGAGGAGGAGGCCGCCGGGGAGGAGCAGCCCCCCACGGCCGCCCAAGCCCCCUCCUCCAAGACGGCCCUUCAGCCGCCUGGUUCUGGCACCCAGGGGGGCCCUGGCUGCAGCCGCUCCCGGGACCACGACCCGCCGAGCACCACCAGCCCCUCCACGGAGGCCUGUCACCAGGGCCAGUGUCCCCCACCAGCCCCCACGGGGGUGGCUUGUGGGGGCUCUGCCAGGGAGACGGGGCAUCCUGGGGGGUCCCCGCGGGGACCCAACCUAUUUCCAUCUACUAGUGGCGAACCAGGCUCUGCUCAGCAAGAGGGGACAGCCCGGGACGGCGCUUUCCGUCACCCCGAGUGGAGUUCUGCACCCCAGGAGGGCUGUGGCUUCCCGCCAGCGGUCGCCCCACAGCCUCCUGGCUCCUUCCCUCCAGGACCCUGCCAGGAGGCCGUGGCGUCCCCGUCCCCAGCCAGCCCCUUGCCAGACUCUAAGGCUGGGCUGGACGACAUCCCCCUUCCUGGGUGGCCAAAGCCCAGCCCCUCCAGCUCCCUAGGGCCGGCCUCCCAGCUGGACUCACAGCCGGGCCCCGCUCUGCACACCGAGGGCCCGGCCCAGGGGGAGGCCGGAGAUCUGUCGGACUCGAUGCCCCCCACGCCCACCCUGCAGCGGCCUCAGGAGCAGGCAACCACACGGAAGUUCUCCCUGGGGCGCCGCGGGGGCUAUGCGGGAGUGUCAGGCUACGGCACGUUUGCCUUCGGUGGGGACGCGGGUGGCAUGCUGGGGCAGGGCCCCAUGUGGGCCAGGAUGGCCUGGGCCGUGUCCCAGUCCUCAGAGGAUCAGGACGAGGCUGGGGCUGAGACCCCGCUGCCCCAGGCCAGCGCGGAGCCCAUGCCUGAGCCCGGCGGGGCUCUCUUCCGGGCCUCCCCGGAGCUGCCCGCGUGGGAGGACAUCGGGGAGGUGUCCCUGGUGCAGAUCCGGGACCUGUCAGGCGACGCGGAGGCGGCCGACACCAUAUCCCUGGACAUUUCCGAGGUGGACCCCGCCUACCUCAACCUCUCGGACCUGUACGACAUCAAGUACCUUCCGUUCGAGUUCAUGAUCUUCAGGAGGGUCCCCAAGCCCACGGAGCAGGAGCCGCCCUCGCCGGAGGCGGAGGCCGGGGAGGGGCUGGUGGAGUUCCCGGAGGCCAUGUGGCCUUGGCCGGGCGAGCUGCCCACCCCCACGGGCCUGCAGAUUAUAGAGGAGCCGGAGGACAUGGAGGCCCAGGCUGCCGUGGGCAGGAAACGCAAGUGGUCCUCCCCGACCCGCAGUCUCUUCCACUUCCCGGGAAAGUACCUGCCGCUGGAGGAGCCCGCGGAGCUCGGGCUGCGGCAGAGGGUGAAGGCCUCCAUGGCCCACAUCUCGCGGAUCCUAAAGGGCAGGCCUGAAGGCCUGGAAAAGGAGGGGCCCCCCAGGAAGAAGCCAGGCCUCGCUUCCUUUGGGCUCCUGGGUCUGAAGAGCAGGGACCGAGCGCCGUCAUUCCUAAGGGAGCUGUCGGAUGAGACCGUGGUCCUGGGCCAGUCAGUGACGCUGGCCUGCCAGGUGUCGGCCCAGCCAGCCGCCCAGGCCACCUGGAGCAAAGACGGGGCCGUCCUGGAGAGCAGCAGCCGCCUCCUCAUCUCCUCCACCCUCAAGCACUUCCAGCUGCUGACCAUCCUGGUGGUGGCGGCCGAGGACCUGGGCGUGUACACGUGCAGCGUCAGCAACUCGCUGGGCACAGCGGCCACCACGGGCGUCCUGCGGAAGGCAGAGCGCCCCUCAUCUUCACCGCGCCCCGACAUUGGGGAGGUGCAUGCAGACGGGGUUCUGCUGGUCUGGAAGCCUGUGGAGUCCUACGGCCCCGUGACCUACAUCGUGCAGUGCAGCCUGGAAGGUGGCAGCUGGACCACGCUGGGAUCUGACAUCUUCGACUGCUGCUACCUCACCGGCAAGCUCUCCCGGGGUGGCACGUACACAUUCCGCACUGCGUGCGUCAGCAAGGCGGGAAUGGGCCCCUACAGCAGCCCCUCGGAGCAGGUGCUCCUGGGAGGGCCCAGCCACCUGGCCUCUGAAGAGGAGAGUGGCGGGGGGCGGCCAGCCCAGCCUCUCCCCAGCACGCAGACCUUCGCCUUCCAGACCCAGAUCCGGAGGGGCCGCUUCAGCGUGGUCCGGCAGUGCCGGGAGAAGGCCAGCGGGCGGGCGCUGGCCGCCAAGAUCAUCCCCUACCGGCCCGAGGACAAGACGGCCGUGCUGUGCGAAUACGAGGCACUCAAGGGCCUGCGCCACCCGCACCUGGCCCAGCUGCACGCGGCCUUCCUCAGCCCCCGGCACCUGGUGCUCAUCCUGGAGCUGUGCUCUGGGCCCGAGCUGCUCCCCUGCCUGGCCGAGAGGGCCUCCUACGCGGAGUCCGAGGUGAAGGACUACCUGUGGCAGGUGCUGAGCGCCGCCCAGUACCUGCAUGCGCAGCACAUCCUGCACCUGGACCUGAGGUCCGAGAACAUGAUUGUCACCGAGUACAACCUGCUCAAGGUCGUGGACCUGGGCAGCGCCCAGAGCCUCAGCCAGGAGAAGGUGCUGCCCUCGGAGAGGUUCAAGGACUACCUGGAGACCAUGGCUCCAGAGCUCCUGGAGGGCCAGGGGGCUGUUCCGCAGACAGACAUCUGGGCCAUCGGUGUGACAGCCUUCAUCAUGCUGAGCGCUGAGUACCCGGUGAGCAGCGAGUGGCCCCGCGACCUGCAGAAAGGCCUGCGCAAGGGGCUGGUCCGGCUGAGCCGCUGCUACGCGGGGCUGUCCGGGGGCGCCGUGGCCUUCCUGCGCAGCACGCUGUGCGCCCAGCCCUGGGGCCGGCCCUGCGCGUCCAGCUGCCUGCAGUGCCCGUGGCUGACCGAGGAGGGCCCGGCCAGCUCGCGGCCCGCGCCCGUGACCUUCCCCACCGCGCGGCUGCGCGCCUUCGUGCGCGAGCGCGAGAAGAGGCGGGCGCUGCUGUGCAGGAAGCACAGCCUGGCCCAGGUGCGCUGAUGGACGCGCCAAUAAAACCCCAAACCUGA